ACUCACCAGAACGUCGCCUAUGUAGUCUCCUCGUCCAACAGGUAAGGAUACACACGCAUCCUGAUCGCCGCGCCUCGCCAACCUCGCCCUCCGAGUCCUCCUGGGGAUGCUGUAGCCGAGGAGUGUCAUCUCUAUCAUCGGAGGCUGAAAUAUGCAAUUAUCCAGAGGCAGUUUUUCCCAUAGCUUCGGCGUCGCCAUGGGACCAGCAUUGCUAUUGGCUGCGGCCGUUUUCCUGGGGACUUGCAGCACCCACGCCGCGGUCUCCGAUGAGCUGACGUGGUGGAACAUCGAGAGGUUCCUCAGGGAAUUUGUGAAUGAAGGUCUUGGAGCCAACAAGCUGCAGGAUUACUUAGACAACGAAUUUGAGUGGAAGAACCGAGAAGUGGAUGGCAGGGAGACACUAAACAAGAUCAGAAGCAGUGCUGUGACUCUUUUUCAAGCGACGAUCAACAAUUUACGGAAUUUGAAAGCGACUGUUGAAGCAGUGUACACAGACUGGCCCGCCUUCACCCGUCAAAAUAUAUCCGACAGCGAAUUCUGCUGUGGGACGGAUGAGCCUCCUCGCACCGGUUGCGCGGUCCUGGCCACGCGACUCGACCCAGGGGCUGCCGUCCGCGCUGUGAGGCCGCCGGACCCCGUUUUAAGGCAACUGCAGAGAAUACCCAAGUUUACGACCAAAACCACGCACUAUAUCGCCCUCGAGGAUGGAAGUCUGUUCAUGCAUCCUCCCAAAUCCAAGGACAAGCUGUUAGUUUGUGACGAUUACGAAUUUAGGUCCAGAUAUUUCUACACGCAGUCCAAGUCUCCCGAGCCAAGAAGCGUGGUGGUGGUCGUGGACGGCGGGAUGGAGCGGGAUCCGCUGCUGGAACACGCCGUUAACAAGGUCUACAACGAACUCUCGCCCAUAGAUCGAAUUGGCCUGUGCCUCCCCGACAGCAACUCCUGCCGGACCGUCGUCUGGAAGCGCGACCGCUUUCCUCACGGCUGUACGUGGCCGCGGGAGGACGGGCCCCUCGGACAGACGACCUUCCUCGGCCGCUUGCUCUUCAACAAUAAAGGCAACAGGGCCAAGCUAAGCGAAAUCCUGAAGAACUUUGGGGAAUAUGCGGCCUUCAGUGACCAGGCGUCGGCGCUGAAGGCGGGGUCGGACCUGCUGAAGAAGCAAAAUGAAUCUCAGUACUUGCAGAUUGCCGGACAGCCUCACAGCGUCCUGGUCUACGUGACGAAGAGGGGCGACUGGGAGAAGUGGCGGGACGACGACGCGCUCGUGAAGCAGCUCGACGCCUCGCUCGACCUUGGCAUUUCCAUUGUGAUAAACCACCUCUAUGGAGUCCCACAGGGCGUGAAAAGGGGAGUAAUAAUGGAGAAGAACGGCGCCACAGUCACGUUCUCUCCGAUUAAGGAUAAUGGGGAGUUGUACGCGUCCGAAACCGAGAUUCCUAGCUAUGGCCUGGAGGAUGGCAGCCGACCUGUUAUUCCCAUACCAUACUAUGACGCCUUCGGGGACGGAUACAUCAUCACUGUGUGCAUGACCCUCAUGCACAACAGAUCGUUUGUGGGCACCGUCUGCUCCGAUCUGAGCAUCAUCAACUUGCUCGAAGCGGUAAUCAACGUUGAUGACAUCGAGGGCGGGUACGUCUUCAUCGUGGACCGUCUCGGCAGGGCGCUGAAACAUCCCCUCCUCCCCGCCCCGCACUCGGUGACUGUAGACCCGACCUAUGUGACGAUAGACAAGCUCGAGAUCAGUCCGGGAGUCAGGCACAUUCUCGACAAGGCGGUCCGGCAAGAGACGGGGAACGAGACCGUAAAAGGGUUGUACGUGGAGUCCUUGGGUUACCCGCGGGGCAUCAAUAUCCCGAGUGCCAUGCGGGUACGUCACCGCACCCUCCAGUACCUAUGGGCGCCCAUCAACGAGACAGACCUCGCCAUCGUUGUCGUUCUUCCUGUCAAUGAAAAUGGGCAGGUAACGUCCACCGAAUACAGCUGCAAGUCGCCAAAGGCCUGUGAGACCAGCCACUUCGAAUACAACGAACCCAGAAACAACGUCUCGAGAACAUUCUGCAAGUUCGUUGGGAUAAGUGUUGUUAAGGGCGAAGGUCUCGUAAAAUUCGCUCCAGACUGUUUCAUUGACGUUUUAUCUUACGUCCGUGGAGAGAUUGACCCGGCGAAGGUCUAUGCAAUUUUCAACGGCACUCUGCCCCAUGAUGAAGUGUUGAGGGAGGACCUGAGGCCAAGUGUGAAAUUCCUCGAGGAGGCCGAAGAGGCCUGGAAGAGCAACCUGAACCUCAGCAACUACAUCGGCACUCGUUUUAUGGGCACGGAGGACGGGAGUUUUAUCAGCUUUCCUGGGAUUCAGCUCAACCAAAUCUUCGACCAUAGGGAUCUACCAUGGUACCAAACAGCUCUCUCGAACACCGAGCCCUCUUCGAUCUCCAUGACGACCCCUUACUACAGUGAGUUGGGCCUGGGGCUGGUGUGCACGGUGUCUAAGGCCCUGCACGACAAUCGGGGGAAUCCUCAGGCGGUGGUGGCAGGGGACUUCACCCUGCAGUACAUCAUGACCCACUUCCUCAACCAGGUCCCUUACUGCAAGCGACACACAGAGGCGAUCAGGUUAAAUGCCACGGCACCUGCGAGAUGGAAUGCGAGUGCCCGUGCGUCGCUGGACCCGACACCAUCCCGUGCCAUACUUCCGACGCCGAUUUGCACAAAUAUCCUCUCCCUGCGUGUAAACCCCGCUAUCUGAUAACUGCUCGAGCAACUGAUGACAGCUCAAGCAUCCCGGCCUGCGUGGACUUCGACUGUUCGGUCAGGAAUAAGACAGAUUGCAGUAACGUUAUCUGGUGUCUUUGGUCGGAAGAAAAGUGCCAAAAUGUGGAUUCAUGAUAGGAUGUUUUGGUUAAAACUUUAGAUACCUAGACUUAACGACAUAAUUAUACACACUCUGGUCACAUUACCAAAUGAAAGUCUGUAAAAGCUAAUUAAUCUCGUUUGAAUAUGAACAUUGGCAACAGAUAUGUGCUUAGAAUAAAGGUCUGAAUAUAUUCUGAAAUGUUUUUAGAUUUCUUCUAAUUAAGAAUUUUUUGCGUCCGAUUUUACGAUCUGUAUACCAAAAGAAGCUAUAGAUGCCAGGUGUCGCUAGCCGGGUAUUCAAACUUUUUUCACGCAAAAAAGUCAUAAUCAAAUAAAUCCUAACUGAAAAAGUGUACGUUUUAUGUAAUGUUAUAAUAGAAAAAAACAGAUAAAUGUUUUUACGAUGAAAAGAUAAUUAUAUUCACUACCACUUUGUUAUAUGCUGUGGUCACAUAUACAAACUUAAGCAGUCUUUUGUAGAUACAGAAGUCCAAUGCCCCAGCUCUUUCUCUCUUACUAACGACAUUUCAGCGAAUGAUCUGAACUCAGGACACCUGUGUAUACAAAGACGUCUCAGGCCCGUUUCUCUGUGUUAACGGAGAUGGACAUCUCGGCAAGUGACAAAAUACUGAAAACGAACAAACAAAGGAAAAGGCAAAAAGACAGUUAAGUAAUGAGUCUGCAGAACUUGUAUCCCCCAUCCAUCUAUGUGCAUAUUUCAAGAGGGACACAAAGCUAGCGACACAUGGGGACAAAUACCGUUGGGUGUCCUAAGUGCUGAAGAUGGCCCCAUUUAACAAGACUAAAGGAGCCCUAGAAUUAAAACUAGGAAGAAAUAAUAUCUAUGUACGGUGCAAGAAUGAAGAAAUUCUUACCCGUAUAACUACGACCUACGGCAGGAGAAAUCCUCGAAAUAAGCAGAGCUUUUGGCAGAGGACACUGUACUAACCUCGUUGUGUUCGAUGUCCCGAGGGAAAGUGACACCAAUGAGAUCACAGAAUACAAUGAAAAGAUUCUACACCCUAAGCGCAUUAAAUUUAAUGAUAGGAUGAAACAGCGACUCAUCAUUACACAUGAAGGGGAGAAAAAACCCAAAACCUUCAAAAUUGUGGAGGGCAUGGCAACUUUCAGGUAUGCUGUCUUCAAAUCACUCACCCCAUUUUGCGCCAACUGUUCCAGAUGGGGGCAUGGCGCACGUGCUUGUUCCCGCGAACAGCCGCGUUGCGAGUAUUGCGCGCCUGCUCAUAUGAGCAGGGAGUGCGCCGAAAAAAUCGCACUGGGUAAUCAACUUCCAAGGAUAUGUGUCAAUUGUAGACCUGAACAUAAUGCAAACUCUCCAUUAUGUGCAUAUUAUCCAAACAACAGAAAAAAUAAAUUACUAAAGAAGCAACAGACUGCACUGCCUUCUCAUUUCCUCGCCUUAACGAUGAGACAGAAUUCCCCCAGCUUGGGAGGAUAAAUGUGGCGAGGUAUGCUGAAAGAACAGUCGGUCUCUCCAGCCUUACCAUCGGCAUCAGCUCCUGCUCCAGCGCCAGCCUCAAGGUUUUCUUCAGUCCUUUCAGUGCCAGUAUCUGCUCCUUCGGCUACUUCGGCAUCAACUUCAGAACCUGCUUCGAGAUCGACAUCGCUUUCGACAUCUGCAACACAUGUUUCAGCACAUACAGCAGUUCCAGCUUGUACACCUACUUCAUUGCCAGCGCCGACCCCCCACACCACAGGAGAGACAGGACCUACUGCAAAUGUUGAUGCAGAUAGAACAAAUGAUGCUCAUAAUGCAGCAACAAUUUGCAAAGCAACUACAGGUCCAGGAAAAAAAUGUUUUCAGUGAUCUUUGGACGACGGUUCACCCUUCUACAACCUGUAGCAGAAUUUGAAAAUCAUCAGCUGACAACUGAUGGCCCACAGUGACUUUGAGUGUACCAGAGUAUAACAUUAAGAUUUAUGGAAACGGUUAAUUUUUGUAAAAUCAUGUUUUUUCAGUUAUUAGAUAGUUAACCAAUAAGGCAAGCACUAAGGUGCAGCCCUUUGGGCAUGUAUAUUUAAGGUUUGAUUUUGGCCCUUACGUCAAUAAAAGUUCAGCCCGAUUGGGUA